GUCCUUCAAAAAGUGCGAUGUUUGAAUAUUAUUGCUCAGCGAUGCCUGAAACGGAAACAAAAAGUACCGCACAUGCCACCCGAAUGUUCUGAAAUUAACACGAUAUUGGUACCAAAAUAGAAAAAAAUGUUUUUUAUCAAAAUUCUCAUAGGUUUGCUCAGUGUCGGUUGUGGUGUGAAAGCUCAAAAUAUCACAAAGCUCUUCGGAUCCUCUGGUGAUGUGAGUGUGGUUGUGAUCAUCCACGACUGUGAUUUACUCGAGUUGAGUGCUAGUAGAAAAACGGUCGUGAACUCGGCCAUUUGGCUCACAGAGCGAAUUAGUUUUUUGGAAAUUUUACAUCCUCUUAAACUGGGUGUUUCAGUGUAUCAGGCGUGCUCAGAAGUGGACUACUUAAAGACUCUUUUGGAGAUUUACGAAAAUGAUGCUACGUAUGUGCUGGGAGUGGUCACCUCACAGCAGCCGAGUGAAAAAGUGAGGAAGUUUAGUGAAAUUUUGCACUUGAGGAGCAAGAAUAUCAAGACUUUCCCCGGGCAGUUGGUUAAAGCAGCCGUUAAAUUGUUGGCGUCGGCAGGCUGGAAAAGAAACGUCGUUCUACUAGCAAAAGACGAUCAAACUGUUGAUUUUUUCUACCACCAUGCCAAAGCAUCGCGAGUCUGUGUAAAAAAGUGUUUCGUUUAUGAAGAUAGCCGGUCAAUAGCCUUGAAUGCAUCCGGUGAAGAUCCGCUGGUACUUUUUGGUACCGCAUCCGACAUCGAUGGAUUCAUUGCGAAUGGCACACAUUUUGAAACCCGAACCUCCAACAGUCGACUCGUCCUGGUACCGUUGGAUGGAGAGGUUUCAACAGGUAUGCCCGAAGGAAGCUUCAUCAUCCUGCCUCCACAUUCAGCUGCUGCGAACUUCCAAAGUGGUGCUGGCAUAUUUCCGACCCCCUUGAUGUUUGAAGUGGGCACUCCUUUGGCCAAUUUUGUCCUGGAAGCCCGCAGAUUUAUUGCAGCCAAUUGCAAUGACACGAUUUACAAAGUGAACUGCCUCAGGUCCAAACCCUUCUUCUUCGGGCAUUUGCAUUCAAUUGAAGCUCCUCUGGACUUGUUGAAGUUCCUGCAAAUUGAUGAGCUUCAGGAGCAUUUCGUCUAUGAUAUUUUCCAAGUGGAGGCUUUGGGCGCUGACACAAAUCACUCUCUUUAUUUCUUUCGUAAGCCUUUGAGGAUGGCGUAUUCCUAUCACGUGUUUUUCGAUAACUUAACUCUAGUCGGUGAAACAGUUGAUGUGAAUGAUACAUCAGAGCUGGAAAGCUGCCCGCGUGAGUUUGUCAUUAGAGGACGAAACAGAAUAUUCUAUCGCUGGCCCGAAAUAUCCUUUCGGAGCGACGCUUGGAUUUAUGCCAUUCUGUCCUUAGCGCUUCUAGGUGUUUUGUUCUGCUCGGCUAUUUUGGCGUUUUUGCUGGUGGCGAUUUUUCAAAAGCGCAUCCUUGAAGGCAACCCGGUGCUCACCUUAUUGCUGCUUUUAGCCGUUAUGAUGGUAUUCUGUUCGGUGCUUCCGUUUACCAUCGAAAAUACCCAGAACAUCAGGAAAUCCUUAUGCAUCAUCAAAGCCCUGGCCAUUACCAUGAGUUAUGCUGCAGUUUUUUCCCUCUUACUCUCACGCAGCAUUGUUCUCAGCUCUGCAGCCAGAGAAGUUGGGUUUAUGUCCCACAUUGCUGGCCCUGUCCAGUCAUUUCUCUGCUUAUUUAUCUUCGGAGUUCAAGCAGCAUUGAGCUUGCAUGUCUUUGGAAGAUGCCACGAUAUCUUCACUCAGGGCUACGAAUUGGUGUAUUUAAUGUCCUAUAAUACAGUGCUGCUGAUACUACUAAUAUGCCUUAGUCCGCUAAUGUACAAAAGCCAGCGAAACUACAGGGAAGGGAAAUAUUUCACAGUAACUGCAGUUAUGAUUGCUCUAGUUUGGAGCGUCUGGCUUCCGGGUUUUAUGAUGCUGUGCAACGAGUGGAAGGAGAUGAUGGUGUGCUUGGGACUUGUGGCCACUGGAAGCAUUUGUUUGGGUGCUAUCUUUAUUCCUCGCACUUACCUCAUGACGAUUGCAGCUGAAAGGGACAAAAUCACCAGCGCUUUACCUUCUCUUGCUACCGCUAAUAGUUCUAUGGAUAUUUAUAGAACUCAUGCUCAGCCGAUCUACGACUGUAUUAAUAUAGCGGCGAUUAAUGCGGCUGCUGUGGCCAGGGCAGGAAUCACACCAACUGCUCCUGCUGGAACUUUGCAACAGCCCGACCUGUACUCCUGCCCAGCAUUACCCGAAGACAUUGACUUUGAUAUGUGCUGUGAAUCUCCAGCUAAUACUGACAAAGUUACACGGUUUUAGAUUUCAAGAUCAAAUUUAAAAAAUAUCCUAAACCACAUGCGUACUUAAUUGUGAAGCAAGCGGUUCUAAAGACUUGGGAUUUGAAGUCACUGAUUUGAACUGGUUGUUUUAAGUAAGUUUCUGAUUUGUAGUGUGAAUAAAGCAUUAUUAGAGGAUUUAGGAAACUGAAAUUAUGCUGGUUGUUUAUACAACAAAUACAUUUUACUUGUGUGCAAAA